AUGUUUGUGGACCUCUUCGUGGGCAGUGAGGCGCCCUCGUUUGUGUCGUCACCCGCUUUCCUGCAGCUGUGCCGCGGCGCCCUUUCGCCGGUUGGGGUUGCGGCGUUUAACCUCCCGGCCGCUGACGCCGUUUUUGUCGAGCGCUGCCGUGCCAUUUUUGGGCGCGGAAAUGUGUUUUCGUUUCCGGUGCCGGCGUCGGCGAAUGUCGUGGUCCUCGCCAGGCAGGCGUCCAGCAGCGACGAUGACGACGCCGUGCACGUGUCGCACCGCCACUUCUACCGGCGGGCUCAGGCGCUGCAGAAGUCGCACGCGCUGCCGUACGACCUGUCGGGCCACUACCCGUUCUGGUGGUGCCUCUGGUGA